UUAUAUAGCAGUAAUAACAACCGUAUUUGUUAAACAGCUGCUGUCUUCCAAGAAAAGUAAUAGUCACUGUAUGUACAUUUUCUGUUUUAUUUUACACUAAUCCUACAUAUUAGAUAUUAUAUCUCCAGUUUUUGGGAAAGAACACCAGAGAUUGAAAUAACUUAGCCAAGUCGGCCAGUAUGUGGCAAAAUGGGGGCUCAGACAUACUCCACAUUGUAGUUCUUUCAUCCUUACCACAGGCCGGUGAAUCUUUGUUUCACCACUUACUAGCUGUGUGACAUUGGAGAGUAACUGAUUCUCUCUGGCCUUCAGCUUCCACACCUGGGCAAUGGGGACAGUCACUAUGGAUGUCUCUAGGGCAGAUGGGAAGCCUGAGACAGGACAUGCUUCAAUUUCUUCCCUAUGCCUCCAUCCCUGAUUUUUUUUUUACAAUUGCUUAUUGUUAUUAGUGGUAGAAAUGCUUGGCUGGAACAAAUUAAAUCCAACAGACAUUUGGUGAGUCCCUACCAUGGAAAAGAAACCAUGCUGGAUAUUGAAUACAAUCAGACGCUGAAUCCAAAUUCUAGGGACUUGAGUGUUUUCUUUUUUGCUGAAAUUUAUUGAGAGCUGACUACAGCUCCUCUGUUCUAAAUGCUUUACAUGUAUAACCCAUUUAAUCUUCAUCCGAACACUUUGAAGGAGGGACUAUUCCCAUUACACAGUCAAGGAAACUGAGCUACAGGGGGAGGGGUUAUUAGUCAAAUCUUAAAAACAAACGAAAAACUUGUGAAUGCUGGAGCUGGGUCUCCAGUGCAGCCAAGUUGGCUCCAAAGUCCACACUCUUAAUUCAGCCUGAGGCUAUGAGGGCCCCCAUCCUUGUCUUUGCAGGUGAAUGUGAGAAAAUCACCCUGGAGAGGACAAAGAAACAUCUACCACAGGUGCUCCAAUAAGCUCUGGGAGCUGUCUAGUUACAAAGCGUGCUGUUAGGUGUAAGGGGAUACAAAAAUGUGUGGGAAUCUGGAGUCUAAGUGCAGCAAAAAGUGUGGUAUAUGCAUGAUUAGGUACAGAGCAGGGAGGGAGUGGUGAGUACUAAAGAGCUGAGAGAACGACCCGUCUAUGGGAAUCACAGACAGAUCAGUUCUGGUUGGGUUAUUCAGAAAACUUGCUGAUGGAGAAGCUUGAACUGGGACUUGAAAGAAUGGAAAGAUUUCAGUGGGUGAAGAGCCUGGCAGACGAGAAUGUUGCUAGCAGAGGGAGAGACAUGAACUACAGGGUGGAGAUGAGCGGACAAGGUGCUUCUCUGACAGUGAGCAGGAACCUCCCUUGCCAGGAUGUUUCCUCAUUCAUGGAGACCAGCAGAACACUGGUCCUUGAAGCCUUGUGAGGUGGAAGGGGUGCAGGCUCUGGGUCCAAAUUCCAGCAUAGCCCCUUGAGUGCAAAUUUUCUCAUCUGUGGCCACAGAGUAGAGGCACUAUCGCGAGCAUCUUCAGUGCGGAGGGGAAAGAGCAUGGGCUCUCCCAGCGGGCGGGAGCAGCACUGAGGGAGUAUGAGGAUCAGAGUAGCCUCAGCCACGGUGGAGAGCUGGAGAGAUAAGCAGCAAGGAAAAGAGCUGGGGACCCAACUGUCUCAGCAUAAAUUGAGAAGGCAGGAGCAGUGAUCAGGGGAAACAAGACACAAAAACUAGGCAGUGGAUGAAGGAGAGCAGAAAGUCAAAGGCAAGCGCAUGGUUUAAAACCUCAGUGGACCAACUAUUGAUACUGGGAAAGAUGGGGUAAGGGUCCCUUCUAGAAUACUCCCUCCCCAAUCUCCUUGGACACUGCUAUCACUGCCAGGGGAAUGGGUAAGUUCACCAAAAGGUGGGUUGUAAAGAGAUGAUGAAGACCACCAGCAAAACCUUGAGAAUGGCCACUCUAGUGGGUGGUACAAGAGGAUCCCAGGGGCCUCCCCAAGGCUCACAGGAGAGGAAGGGAGGAAAACAUGUGUCUCAAAAGUAAUUGGAGGAGGAGCCUUGAGAAUGGUGAAGGGUCACCAGUGCAAAUGGCACCAAGGCUUCUAGAAGGAUGGCUGAAAACAAGAUUUUGGCAACAGUAUUUAGGACCAGAUGGGUGUUCUUCAAGGGAGCUGUUUCAGGAGUAAAGCAAGUCUGCUGGUGGGCCAGAGUGAGGGCGCUGGGCCAGGAACUGGGCCAAGCAUUGGGAAGUGGAUGUGUUAUCUGCAAAGGGAUAGGAAGGAGUGGCCCACCCUGGUGUGCAGGGGGCACAGACAGGAAGAUAGGGAUGGGGCAAGAACACAGACAGGGGACCUUCAGUCACCAGAAGGUAGUCUAAAAUAUGCAAAGCCUCCAAGGUAUUGGCUGGAGAGGAAAAACAAAGCGGCUGAGGGCAGGCCCCACAAGGCAAAGGUAUCAUGAGGGCCAGGUGUAAAGCCCUGACAGGUGGGAAAGCCAAGUGGGUCAUGUCCACCCAUCCUCGUGCAGGGCAACCCAAACACUGUGGUACCCCCCAUGGGAAAAUGCUCUGCUUCUAUCUGUUGUUGCUCUAGUUUCUUUCUAAUACAGAAACAUCCAACAUCUGCACCUCCUCAUAUAGGGUUGAUCCAAGUUUCACAGACAUCACUGAGUUCUUAGUGGACUCAGCUACUGGGGCUGUUCUCACACUUUUUUUUUCUUUGCAAGAAUCAGCAAUGGGUGCAAGUGGACCUGUGUAGGACGUCCGGUGAAACACUUGUUGGUGAAUCAGCUAGAAUCCAUCCAAGAACUCAACCAGCCUGGUGUGGGGUGAGAUCUGAUCCUUGAAUGUCCCUCAGUGGCUUUUAGGGCUGGCAGGUUCAGAAGCGCCCUGUCAUCACCCCCCCAGGGCCCCAUUCCUUGUUUAACACUUUGCUAUCACAGUCUUGAAUCCUUGUAAUUGAACAAUGGACCCCACAUUUUCACUUUGCACUGGUUUCUGAUUCUGUAACCGAUCCUGUCCCCCUCUCUUGUCUCAUUCACUCUGGGAAUUGUCCCCACAUUCUGAGACCUUUCAGCAGUGCCCCAACGAGGUUCCUGCCCUUAUCUGAAGCUCCACCCUCACCCCCAUGGCGGCACCGCAGGCAGCCCUGCUUUUGCGUCCCGCGUAGGCAGGCUGUGCACCGGAGUCAUGACCCCCUGAUUCAGCCUAGGCAGCCACAGCUUGCCUGCUCCCGCCGGACAAGCCCUACUGUGCUAUCUGCCGCUCUUCCCUUCCUCUUCCCAGGGGGUCCGCGUCAGGGGAGGUGCAGCUGUGUGCAUUCCGGGAGCUUCAGACCCCCGUGUCCAGCAGCUCCUUGGUUUCCCGGGUGCUGGGGCGGCCUUCCCAGCGAAGAGCUCAACUCAGCGGGACGUUUUGAGGCUCUCUGCCCCAAGGCGCUGGGGAGUGUGCGGCGGGACAGUCGUGCUUGCCCUUUUCACUUUCAGAGUGUCCACGCCCCACCCGUUUGGUCACUGCGGGUCAGUCCAGUCCAGCCCGGCCCACCCCACCGGUGCGUGUCUGUCGCACGUUGCAGACGCCAUACUCUCUGUUCUUGUUUAAAGCCCAGGAUCUACUGGGCCCUGGAGGCAAGAGGUGAACGCAGCGGAAUCCACGCUGAGCUGCCCGGGAACGGAGCUUCCAACCCCAGAAGGAGGCCUCUGUGCUCCUACACCUUAACCCAUUUUAGCCCGAAACUUCUCCAACUUCCUUGGCUUUGUUUAGAGCUCGACAGCGCCGCCCCCUGGCGCUCGUUGUGAGGACAGUAGAGGAGAGAGGCAAGGGUGUUUUUAAACAGUUUCCCUCUCACCAUUAUGGGGGCGACCCGAGGGGGAGACCCACUCUUCCGCAUUCCCGGUAAGUGAACCACCGGAUGAGGUCGAAAGUGACGGAUUCCCAUGUCCUCCUCCAGCCCUCCCCACCCUGCCCAUCCACAGGACGGUGGCUCUUCAGUGCCCUUUGCCGAGCAAGUGGCGUUUCUAUGCACCUGGGUAUCAAUUCGGACUCUGGACGAAAUGGAAACCUCCUUAGCCGACCUGGGUGGGAUCAGCUGGGAUCCUGCGCGCUCCCCUGGGGGGUUACCAGCCAUUCUGUUGGGGUGCAAGAAGCACCAUCCUUCGGAAGCUGGGCCGAAACCGGCCAGGCUGACUCGCUCCCACGCGCCCGCCCCUACCCGGCGCCGCAGCAAUUCACCUGCCACCGCCUCGGAGCGGGGUCCGGACUUCGGCGCCCUGACAGUGUCCCCGCGACUUCCCCACCCGAUGAGAUGGGGUCUGGCGUUGGCCAGUGCGUGUGCAGGGACUCGCGGGUCCCUGGCCAGCCAUGGGGCAGAGGGCGCUGGUGUUAGGCCAGUCUUCCCCACCCUGCCCCGUCACCCCAGCCACACCCACUGUCCUGUGAGGCCAAGCGCGCUCCGCUGGUUUCCUGAGCCAGGCACCUUGGCCGCGGACAGGAUCCAGCUGUCUCUCCUUGCGAUCCUGUCUUCGGGGAAGUCCACGUCCUAGGCAGGUCCUCCCAAAGUGCCCUUGGUGCCGAUCACCCCUCCUAGCGUCUUGCAGGUCCUGUGCACCAUCUCCCCCACGCCCCAUUCAAAGCCCUCUUCUCUGAAGUCUCCGGUUCCCAGAGCUCUUGCAAUCCAGGCUCUCCUUGGAAGUGGCUGUAACAUGUAUGAAAAGAAAGAAAGGAGAACCAAGAGAUGAAAGAGGGCUGCACGCGUGGGGGCCCGAGUGGUGGGCGGGGACAGUCGUCUCGCUACAGGGGUGCUGGCCUUCCCUGGCGCCUGCCCCUGCCGGCCCCGCCCGAGAACCUCCCUGCGCCAGGGCAGGGUUUACUCAUCCCGGCGAGGUGAUCCCAUGCGCGAGGGCGGGCGCAAGGGCGGCCAGAGAACCCAGCAAUCCGAGUAUGCGGCAUCAGCCCUUCCCACCAGGCACUUCCUUCCUUUUCCCGAACGUCCAGGGAGGGAGGGCCGGGCACUUAUAAACUCGAGCCCUGGCCGAUCCGCAUGUCAGAGGCUGCCUCGCAGGGGCUGCGCGCAGCGGCAAGAAGUGUCUGGGCUGGGACGGACAGGAGAGGCUGUCGCCAUCGGCGUCCUCUGCCCCUCUGCUCCGGCACGGCCCCGUCGCAGUGCCCGCGCUUUCCCCGGCGCCUGCACGCGGCGCGCCUGGGUAACAUGCUUGGGGUCCUGGUCCUUGGCGCGCUGGCCCUGGCCGGCCUGGGGUUCCCCGCACCCGCAGAGCCGCAGCCGGGUGGCAGCCAGUGCGUCGAGCACGACUGCUUCGCGCUCUACCCGGGCCCCGCGACCUUCCUCAAUGCCAGUCAGAUCUGCGGCGGACUGCGGGGCCACCUAAUGACAGUGCGCUCCUCAGUGGCUGCCGAUGUCAUUUCCUUGCUACUGAACGGCGACGGCGGCGUUGGCCGCCGGCGCCUCUGGAUCGGCCUGCAGCUGCCACCCGGCUGCGGCGACCCCAAGCGCCUCGGGCCCCUGCGCGGCUUCCAGUGGGUUACGGGAGACAGCAACACCAGCUAUAGCAGGUGGGCGCGGCUCGACCUCAAUGGGGCUCCCCACUGCGGCCCGUUGUGCGUCGCUGUCUCCGCUGCUGAGGCCACUGUGCCCAGCGAGCUGAUCUGGGAGGAGCAGCGGUGCGAAGUGAAGGCCGAUGGCUUCCUCUGCGAGUUCCACUUCCCAGCCACCUGCAGGCCACUGGCUGUGGAGCCCGGCGCCGCGGCUGCCGCCGUCUCGAUCACCUACGGCACCCCGUUCGCGGCCCGCGGAGCGGACUUCCAGGCGCUGCCGGUGGGCAGCUCCGCCGCGGUGGCGCCCCUCGGCUUACAGCUAAUGUGCACCGCGCCGCCCGGAGAGGCCCAGGGGCACUGGGCUAGGGAGGCGCCGGGCGCUUGGGACUGCAGCGUGGAGAACGGCGGCUGCGAGCACGCGUGCAAUGCGAUCCCUGGGGCUCCCCGCUGCCAGUGCCCAGCCGGCGCCGCCCUGCAGGCAGACGGGCGCUCCUGCACCGCACCCGCGACGCAGUCCUGCAACGACCUCUGCGAGCACUUCUGCGUUCCCAACCCCGACCAGCCGGGCUCCUACUCGUGCAUGUGCGAGACCGGCUACCGGCUGGCGGCCGACCAACACCGGUGCGAGGACGUGGAUGACUGCAUACUGGAGCCCAGUCCGUGUCCGCAGCGCUGUGUCAACACACAGGGUGGCUUCGAGUGCCACUGCUACCCUAACUACGACCUGGUGGACGGCGAGUGUGUGGAGCCCGUGGACCCGUGCUUCAGAGCCAACUGCGAGUACCAGUGCCAGCCCCUGAACCAAACUAGCUACCUCUGCGUCUGCGCCGAGGGCUUCGCUCCCAUUCCCCACCAGCCGCACAGGUGCCAGAUGUUUUGCAACCAGACUGCCUGUCCAGCCGACUGCGACCCCAACACCCAGGCUAGCUGUGAGUGCCCUGAAGGCUACAUCCUGGACGACGGUUUCAUCUGCACGGACAUCGACGAGUGCGAAAACGGCGGCUUCUGCUCCGGGGUGUGCCGCAACCUCCUUGGUACCUUCGAGUGCAUCUGCGGGCCCGACUCGGCCCUUGCCCGCCACAUUGGCACCGACUGUGACUCCGGCAAGGUGGACGGUGGCGACGGCGGCUCUGGCGAGCCCCCGCCCAGCCCGACGCCCGGCUCCACCUUGACUCCCCCGGCCGUGGGGCUCGUGCAUUCGGGCUUGCUCAUAGGCAUCUCCAUCGCGAGCCUGUGCCUGGUGGUGGCGCUUUUGGCGCUCCUCUGCCACCUGCGCAAGAAGCAGGGCGCCGCCAGGGCCAAGAUGGAGUACAAGUGCGCGGCCCCUUCCAAGGAGGUAGUGCUGCAGCACGUGCGGACCGAGCGGACGCCGCAGAGACUCUGAGCGGCCUCCGUCCAGGAGCCUGGCUUUGGCGUGGCCUUUCUCUCCCUCCUAUGCCUCCUCACCCCCAGCUUUGCUACCAAAGCACCUUAGCUGGCAUUACAGCUGGAGAAGACCCUCCCCGCACCCCCCAAGCUGUUUUCUUCUAUUCCAUGGCUAACUGGCGAGGGGGUGAUUAGAGGGAGGAGAAUGAGCCUCGGCCUCUUCCGUGACGUCACUGGACCACUGGGCAAUGAUGGCAAUUUUGUAACGAAGACACAGACUGCGAUUUGUCCCAGGUCCUCACUACGGGGCGCAGGAGGGUGAGCGUUAUUGGUCGGCAGCCUUCUGGGCAGACCUUGACCUCGUGGGCUAGGGAUGACUAAAAUAUUUAUUUUUUUUAAGUAUUUAGGUUUUUGUUUGUUUCCUUUGUUCUUACCUGUAUGUCUCCAGUAUCCACUUUGCACAGCUCUCCGGUCUCUCUCUCUCUACAAACUCCCACUUGUCAUGUGACAGGUAAACUAUCUUGGUGAAUUUUUUUUUCCUAGCCCUCUCACAUUUAUGAAGCAAGCCCCACUUAUUCCCCAUUCUUCCUAGUUUUCUCCUCCCAGGAACUGGGCCAACUCACCUGAGUCACCCUACCUGUGCCUGACCCUACUUCUUUUGCUCUUAGCUGUCUGCUCAGAUAGAACCCCUACAUGAAACAGAAACAAAAACACUAAAAAUAAAAAUGGCCAUUUGCUUUUUCACCAGAUUUGCUAAUUUAUCCUGAAAUUUCAGAUUCCCAGAACAAAAUAAUUUUAAACAAAGGUUGAGAUGUAAAAGGUAUUAAAUUGAUGUUGCUGGACUGUCAUAGAAAUUACACCCAAAGAGGUAUUUAUCUUUACUUUUAAACAGUGAGCCUGAAUUUUGUUGCUGUUUUGAUUUGUACUGAAAAAUGGUAAUUGUUGCUAAUCUUCUUAUGCAAUUUCCUUUUUUGUUAUUAUUACUUAUUUUUGACAGUGUUGAAAAUGUUCAGAAGGUUGCUCUAGAUUGAGAGAAGAGACAAACACCUCCCAGGAGACAGUUUAAGAAAGCUUCUAACUGCAUGAUUCAUGCCAAUUAGCAAUUGAUUGUCACUGUUCCUUGUCACUGGUAGACCAAAAUAAAACCAGCUCUACUGGUCUUGUGGAAUUGGGAGCUUGGGAAUGGAUCCUGGAGGAUGCCCAAUUAGAGCCUAGCCUUAAUCAGGUCCUCAGAGAAUUUCUACCAUUUCAGAGAGGCCUUUUGGAUUGUGGCCCCUGAACAAGAAUUGUAAGCUGCCCAUGGGAGCUGGUUAGAAAUGCAGAAUCCUAGGCUCCACCCCAUCCAGUUCAUGAGAAUCUAUAUUUAACAAGAUCUGCAGGGGGUGUGUCUGCUCAGUAAUUUGAGGACAACCAUUCCAGACUGCUUCCAGUUUUCUGGAAUACAUGAAAUAUAGAUCAGUUAUAAGUAGCAGGCCAAGUCAGGCCCUUAUUUUCAAGAAACUGAGGAAUUUUCUUUGUGUAGCUUUGCUCUUUGGUAGAAAAGACUGGGUACACAGCUCUAGACACUGCCACACAAGGUCUGCAAGGUCUUUGGUUCAGCUAAGCUAGGAAUGAAAUCCUGCUUCAGUGUAUGGAAAUAAAUGUAUCACAGAAAUGUAACUUUUGUAAGACAAAGGUUUUCCUCUUCUAUUUUGUAAACUCAAAAUAUUUGUACAUAGUUAUUUAUUUAUUGGAGAUAAUCUAGAACACAGGCAAAAUCCUUGCUUAUGACAUCACUUGUACAAAAUAAACAAAUAACAAUGUG